GGGCCGGGGCGGGGCCCGACCGGCGGACUCGGAGCCCGAGCGCGGGGCUGAGUCCCAGGAAGCCGGCACUGACCAUGAAGCGGCCCAGGGAGCCGAGCGGCUCGGAUGGCGAGUCCGACGGACCCAUCGACGUGGGCUGUGAGGGCGAUCGGAGCCAGAUGGCCAGGCCGCUGGCCACCUCCAGCCCCUCGCAGAUGCAAGCCAGGAAGAAACGCAGAGGGAUCAUAGAGAAACGACGUCGAGACCGCAUCAACAGUAGUCUCUCCGAAUUGCGGCGCCUGGUCCCCACUGCCUUUGAGAAACAGGGCUCUUCCAAACUGGAGAAAGCCGAGGUCUUACAGAUGACGGUGGAUCAUUUGAAAAUGCUCCAUGCCACCGGCGGGACAGGAUUCUUCGAUGCCCGUGCCCUGGCGGUUGACUUCCGUAGCAUCGGCUUCCGGGAGUGCCUCACCGAGGUCAUCCGGUACCUGGGGGUUCUGGAAGGCCCCAGCAACUGUGCAGACCCUGUCCGAAUUCGCCUCCUCUCCCACCUGAACAGCUACGCAGCUGAGAUGGAGCCUUGGCCCACGCCAGCUGGCUCCCUGGCCUUCCCUGUGUGGCCCUGGUCCUUCUUCCAUAGCUGUCCGGGGCUGCCGGCCCUGAGCAACCAGCUUGCCAUCCUUGGACGAGUCCCCAGGCCCGUCCUCCCCAGCACCUCCUCUCCCACUUUCUCCAUCCCAGCACUCCGGAUCACACCUGCACGCAGGGCCCCUGGCACCAUCCUGCCAGCCCGGAGGAAUGUGGUGCCCAGUCGGGGGGUCUCUUCCACCCCGAGGGCCCGCCCCCCAGAGAGGCCACCUGCCCCUCUGCCUGUGGUGCCCAGUAGCAGGGCUACCCGGAGCAGUCCCAUCUCUCCCCUAGUGCCAUCGUCCUCCCCCACAACUGCCUGUGUAGCCCUCCCCACCUCCAGCCCUCCCCCAUCAGGGCCAGCAGGCAGGCCUGCAAAUGCUGUGCUCUACCACAGCUGGGUGUCUGAAAUCACUGAGAUUGGGGAUUUCUGAGUGGGCUCCCCAUCCCCACCAUGUCCCUCAGGAGUAAGGAAGGUUCUUCUCCCAGGAGCACUGAAGCAGACACUGCAUUUUCUGCUUUGCGUCCACCCGUCAGAGGCCCCUUCUCUCACCGUUGAUGCAGCUCAUCUUCACGGCUCCUCUAGAGCGCCUCUGACCACAGAGGCUUGGUCUGGGUUCUCACAUGACCAAAUGCCCCAUGAUUGCCUCAUGAGCCCCUAAGAACUGUGCGAGACCUUCUCCUGCCCAGUAUGCAUGAACCUGAGAUAGAAAGAAUAGCAUGAGGCCAGGCAGCAACUCACAACCUGUAGUCCCAGCUACUUGAGAAGUAGACAUCAGGAAGAUUGAACUUUGCGGCUAGUUAGAGCAAAAGA